CCCCACCUCCAGUUUGUCCCCAGUUUGGCGAAAGGACGCCCCAUGUGUGUGAAUUUAUUUUUUUCCGUUUUGCUUUUUUUUCCGCCCUUUUUAAUUUAAAAUGAAAUGCAUGCACUGCAGGAUGUUUCAAUUCGCAUUGCCGCAUAUGGAAAAGUGAAAAGCAACCUAUAAGUAAAAAAAAAAAAAUAAAAUAACUUGGUAUCUCUGUCAACUAAAUUUUGCAGGCAUUUCCACCGUUCGAAACAUGUUCCGUCUACUUGUAUUCAUCAAUUUGCCCUGAUCGAAAAUACAGCAUACACGAAUGCAGGCAGGCGCUCAGGUAUAAUGUUAUAUAUGCAGUUGGGUGAAUAACCAGCAGGGGGUAUAAUUUUUUGCCCACAAAAUGAGCUGUAUGAUGCAGUGGGGAAAACAAAAAAAAAAAACGUGUACAAAAUUACUCAAACAGAGGGAUAUACAUUUUUUCUGCUUUUUCUUUUUUUUGGAAAGUUGGCAUGUUCGCCGGGAAUUUUCACCUUUUUACCGCUUCGCCGCUUUGCCACUCGUCAUUCUGCCGCUUUAGCUUUACAUAACCUCAUUUUUGCAUAGUUCCAUUUUUGUGCCAUUUUGUUGGUGUAUCGCUUUAUUUGCCAUUUCGGAUGACCGCCUUUGCUUUGCUUCACCUUUUUCUUUUCUUUCUUUUCUUUUUCGUCUUCUUCCCUUUUUCAUCAUUUUUUCCUUCUGCGCCGCCCCGUUUUUUUCAUUGCUUAUUUUUGAACAUUGAACGAGGCCGAAAGGUGUACGCAAAUUUCUCGGAAAUGUUUUUAUAGUUGAUCACCCGCGUUGGUGCGUAUCAUCACAAGGGAUCCCUCACUCUCGCGUAUCCUUUAGUGCCCACCGUUCUUCGCCACGCAGCAGCCGCGUAACAGCCGCGUAACAGCAGCUUCGUGCCCACUUCGCCUCCCUUUUGUACAUUUUUCCGUCACUGUUCACGAAUUUUUCCUUUUUUUUUAUUUCCCCCCGUUUUUCCGCCGUUUUGUUGCCAACUUACAUUUUUUAUAUACCCAUUUGAACUUCCGAACGAACAAGCGUCGCGGAUCGAGGCACCAUUUUGCCGCAAAACGAGAAAGAACCUCUUUUUUUUUUUUAAUUUCAAUUUGCCUGGAUCUGAACACCCUUUCAGUUUCCCCCAAUGCAGCAGCGUUACACAGCUUGGGAUUCCCCCACUCCUUGGAAACCUCCAGGAAAAUGAAAACGUCAACGUCACCGCCGAACGGGUUUGCGGACGCGAACGUGAACACCAGUGGGAUCGGCAACAGCAACAGCAGCGGGAACAAGCGCGGUGCCUCCAAAAACGCCUUCACAAAUGCGGCCUCCGUAAUUUGGAUCGAAAGGGAAAAAUUAGAUUCCAUUAUUCACAUCCCCCUGUACUCGGAUCUGUCCAAGUACGUCUCCGAUUUGGGCAGACACCCGGUGAAGCAGAAGAAGAAGGAGGAGGAGGAAGAGAAGGAGGAGAAGGAGAAGGAGAAGCAGGGAGGAGUGCUCUCCAAGAUUUUCCUUCUCUUCGAUGACAACAGCUGCAACAUUGCCGUUGACAUAUCGGCUCUCUACGAAUCCGAGAACGACAAAAUCCCGCUGCUCAUCUACGAGCGGUACUACUUCUGGAGCCUGCACUUCUUAUUUGAAAAAUCAAAAAUAAAAAGACAAAAAUUAAACAUCUGCUCGGACACGAAUGGAAGGUACGGUAUUAACAGGCUUAACAAAUAUGAUGAUGAUGUGUACAUGUAUACGUCCAUAUAUAACUGUGCAUAUAAUCGAAAUGGUGAUGAGAAGAACGUCGGUGGUAGUAGCUACUCGGAGCUGGGCAGGGACAACUGCAGGGAAGUGAAUAAAGAAUUGACCAUAUAUAAUAAGGACUACAUAAAAUAUUUGUACCUGAACGAUUUGAAGAAUAACGCCAUGAGGGUGAGCAAGUCAAACGGGGGGGAUGAUGCAGCUGUUGGGGGAAAUGCUGGGGAAGCGUUUAGGGGGAGUGCCUCUAGUGGGGAUCCCCUUUUCGAAAAAGGGCUCUACUCGAACAACGAAAUAAAGUGGUACCGCUUGAAGAUAAAAAUUGAGAGCGUGGAGAAAAAGAAGAAAAACAAAAACCAGAACCUCAGCAAAGGUAAGGGGGGCCCCGCCGGCAGCCACCCCUUCAGUUUCAACGGCUACAGCAGCUGCGGUAACUACGGAAGCUGCGGUAACUACGGAAGCUGCGGUAACUACGGGAGCUGCGGUAACUACGGGAGCUGCGGCAGUGGAAGCAAAACGGUCGACGCCCACCACAACAGUAACAGAGCCUUCUCCUGUGAGCAGAGGCCCCCGAACAACCCCAACGGCUUCAAAAAAGACACGCAUAACCCCACCUUUAAUGCAAACCUCAUGCACAACGUUAGCCACCUGUCUCUUAUAGAUAACGACGCCACGAGGAAAAACAUUAACAAUUUAAUUAAAAUACAAAAGAGGUCCUUUUUUAUGCUCAACCAAGAAAAUGGCAAAAAUGUAUUGGACACCUCAAACGAUGAACCGUUGCUGCUGUCCUCAAACAGAAGGAGCGAAUCAGUUUUCGAUUCCAGUAAGAGGGAGAGCCUAGCUAGCUGCGGCCAUCAGAAUGGGAAGAGGCGCAAGAGGAGGAACUGGUUCUACUACAAAAGCAGCAGCAACGAAACGAACCGCGGCCUGGAUGACGAUGAUAGAAGCACGUCCAGGGGCAACUCGGUCUGCGCGCUGGAUCGAGGAGACUCCUACGUGGAGAGUAAACGGAAAGGGAAAGGGGAAGACAAGGGGGAAGGUAACGGGGUAGAUAACGGGGUAGAUAACAGGGACCACAAGGGGGACGGCCCCUUUGAAAGUUCCAGCGGCUGCGACUCCGCGGGCUCUCCCAGCCGAAGCCGCAGAAGAACCUCGAAGAAGGCCCGUUCGCCCAAGGGGAGGCAGCCCCCCGACGGUCGCGCGAAGGAAGCUGCAGAGGGAGUUGCAGAGGAAGUGACCGAGGAAGUUGCAGAAAAAGUGGCUGAGGAAGCUGCAGAGAAAGUUGCCGCGAAAGUAACCGCGAAAGCCGCCGCUGAAAUCGCCGCGGAAGAGGACAGCUGCGCCAACUCGCGCAUGCCGUCGGAGAGCAGAGCAUACGUGCGGACGGUCACCGCGGGGGAGUCCGGCACCGAAUUCCAUAGCUUCGACGUCGAGGAGGAGGUGGAUGCGAUGGCCACCGCUCCAGCAGUAGCGGUAGACCCCCCAGAAAAAAACCAACAGAAGGAGGAAAGGCAAAUAAAUACAAAUGCGCUCUUCACUGAGGAGACAAAGAGCCCAGGACGUUUAACCAAAAACACAAAGGUCUACCAAGAAAAUGUCGAAGAAUACAACUCCGAAUUUAAGAGCAUCAUGUCGGAGCCGCUUAAUCCAAAAGAGGGGAGAGAAAAAAUAAAAAGGAGAAGAGACCACAACAGGGAGACACAAAUGAUGUACUUAAAUAAAAUUUUAAAAAGCAUCGUAAACAAAGAGAAGUCCCAUUUGAAUUCUCUUUCGAAGAAUUUCGAACGAAUUGAAGGAUUCUACAAACAGAAUUACAAAAUAUACAUCAUCGAGAGUAAGGAUGACUUAAAUGAUAAGAGGAACUGUUUUAAGAGCGACUUGCAUGCAUACGUUUUGUCUCCCCCUCCAAGUGAUGACAUCUCCAACGAGCUGAACAUUUUGGACCAGUUUAAAAUGUACCUGCGCAGGUGCAGGGGGGACUACCGCCCGAGGAAGUACCAAACGCAUAUCACCACGGGUGGUGGGAAGCCAGCAGGUGAGAAGCCAGCAGGUGAGAAGCCUGUAGGUGGUGGAAACAGCGGAGUAAACCUUCAAACGAAUGCCAGCUGCACAGAGAAGAAGGAACACUCCAGUGAUAAUUGCCCCGGUGAAGACCACGCGGGGGGAAACGCACCCCAGAAGGAAGGCGAGCAGAGGGGUGCCCCCAUGAAGAGCAGUUUAACGAAAAUGGCUCCAAAGGGGAAAAACGCAGAAGUAGAAGACGUAGGCGAAACAUCCAGGAGUUCCCCACAAAGGGAAGCCGGAAAGACACACCCGACAAACCAGAACCCACCCGAAAACGGAAUCAUCUUUUAUGCGCACAAUAAGAAAAACCCAAGCAGCGUAAAAGAGCUAAGGGAAGGAGACUGCCUCUACAUAAAAUUUAACUACUCAUAUGAUGACUAUGAUAAAAUUAGGGUAGUAAAAAAGGAAGACCUUCUUCAAAUACUCAUUUGCCUCAUGAGGAACCAAGAGUGUCUGAAGCUCUCACACAUAUCUACGUACUCGCCAGACCUUCUGUGGAACCUGUCCGUGCAUUUCAAAAAUAACACCUACGAUAUGGAGUUAAAUUUGGAGAAGAUGUACGCCCACUUUUGCAGACGCUAUGAGGUGACUUCACCGGAUGGGAGGCCCGGCUUGGAUCUCCAGCUGGGGUUCGCCCCCCUGGUGGAGCGAGCGGGAGAUCAUCCGUUCGGUGGGCAGUCCUAUCUUCCAUUCGAUGUGCAGUCCCACCUUCCAUUCGAUGGGCAGUCCUAUAUUCCAUUCGAUUCGCAGCUGGGUGGCCAACCGGGCUGCUCCCCCGAAUGGUCGCCCGAUCGCUGGUCCGAUCGCUCCUCCGAGUGCUCCUCCGAGGCGGCGUCCGAAGCAGGCGCAAGGGCAUCGCGCAGCUUCAAAAGCGCAAAGAGAGCCAAGAGGGAAAACCUCAAAGAGAUGGAAAUUAUGAAGCUGAAGGAUUACGUGUCCUUCCUAGAUAAAUUUCUACAAAACGUAAAUGAUGCCAAGUUAAAGAGACUUAAAAACAUACAAAAAGAAUACUAUAAAAAAUAUGAGUUUGACCGAAGCAUAAACAAGCUAAGUAGGCAACAGCUGCUGGAGUUAUUUGUAGACAGGAAGAACGAAAUGAAUACCAUUCCUCUUUCGUUCUUAAAAGAGAAAAGCCGAAACAUCAUUUACGAGGAGAACAUCAAAAUGAACAUGUUCGCGUGCAUCAAAAUAACAUUUGAUGAGGUUAAGGGGAGAUGCAUUUACGCAGCUAGCGAUUUGAACAAAUUUGAUUUUGUCUUUGAGUAUGUUGGAGAGCUACUCACACAUAAUGAGGCAAUGGAACGAGAACGCAAAUAUAAUAAAAAUAAAAAGAAGGGGUGCUAUAUGUUUUAUUUUAAACACGAAAAUAAACGGUACUGUAUUGACGGCACGGAGGAAAAUAUCGAUGCGGCUAUCAAUAGCAAAGACAAAAAAUACUUCUUGAGGUCCUUUGCUAGACUGGUCAAUCACUCUAAGAAGAACUCCAAUCUCAUUCCCAAGGUGCUCACCGUCGCCAGCCUCCCGCGGCUCUUCUUCGUCGCCGCGCGCAACAUCAAGGAGGGCGAGGAGCUCCUCAUCGACUACGGCGAGCGCGACCGCGAGAUCAUCAAGAACAACGAGUGGUUGAAGUGUUAG